CACUCGUAAACCGUGACUCGUGAGUGAACCAGUUGACUACGAAAGACGUAUUUUUAAUUUUAAGCAAACGUGUUAUAUUUUGUCCCACUAUGGAAUCUUUGAUAGAAAAGGUUAAACAAUAUCCCUGUUUGUGGAACAUGAACGAUAUUUAUUAUAGGGACACUGGUAAGAAGGAUGCAGCUUGGGAUCGUAUAGCGAAGCAGUGUGGACUUGUAAAUGGUAGAGAAGCCAAAAAUCAGUGGAAGAAAUUACGAGAUAGCCAUAGGGAAGCUUUGAGACGUCGCAAAACCGCUACGGUGCAAAUAUUGAGACCCUGGAAAUACGAGGCCCAGAUGGAAUUUGUAUUGCAACAGAGUGAAUAUACGGAGACAGUUUCAAGUCUCCCAACUUUACAAGACAGUCAUCACGACACUCAAAAUUCCUCAGAUAUAGAAUCUACGCCCUCUCCGCCGGGAUCCCCACAUCCAUCUUCAUCUUACAUAGACCAUGAGAACAGGAAACAAAAAAUACUUGAAAUGUCAAGUUUUGAUAUGAACCGCGUACCACAAGAUGCACUAUCAAACUUGUUUGCAAGUUUGUACCAGAAGACACGCGAACUUCCGAAAUACUUACAAUUGCGAGUACAGAGAGAAAUCUUUGAAUCAGUUACAAGAGCUGAAGAAGAAGCUAUGUCCCUUGAUCCAUUGAAUUCUUACUACAGUCCUGUUGCCAGAAAUUCAAGUGCUCUUCAAAGCAGCCCUUUCUCUGAUGCUUCAGCGGAUACCAAACCUAAGCCACCGUACGGAAAGUGAUCUUAACCUGGUGUCCAUGCAGAAAACUCGCCACAACUGUCACACGAAAGCAGCUGUUCACUUGAUGUCUCUACUUUCUACGAAAAUCAAUUUGUUUAAUGGAAAAUAUAAUAAUU